AUGACCGACCCCAACCAUAUCGAAGCCGAGGGAAACCUGAUAAUCCCGCUUAACGCUCCAUUCUCUGGGGAACGGUUCCAUCAGUGUGCGGAUCUAGCUGCUGCUGCCCGUGCAGAUGGAUCCUUAAUCCUGGCACAGAUUAGCCAUCCAGGGCGCCAGGGCCCUUCUCACCGUCAACCAGAACCGAUCAGUGCCAGCGAUAUGCCACUGGAUAACCGGAAUAAGGGGAAUAACUUUGCCGUUCCUCGGCCUGCCGCCGAGGAUGAGAUUCAAAAUCUAAUUACGGGGUUUUCCCACGCGGCCGAGUUUCUGGGUCGAGCCAGAUAUGAUGGGAUCGAAUUGCAUGCAGCUCAGGGCUAUAUACUCAACUAG